AUGUAUGUAACACUAAUCAUUGGAGUUGCUCUUAUUUUUCUGUACAUUUUUUACCAUUUCUCAACCAAAAAAGUUCGAGAUAUGGUUGACCGGUUUCCAGGACCUCAAAAAUUGCCAAUUUUGGGAAAUGCACAUCAGUUGAAGACUGGCCACGAAUGGUACAAACAGCUUCUGGACUUUGCAUCAACUUAUAGAGAACAAAACGCAUUCCGAGUGUGGUUAGCCAACAAGCCCAUUAUCUGUGUUUUGAAACCGGAAUAUGUUGAGAAAAUUCUAAGCAGCUCUAAACAUAUUGAUAAGGCCUCUGAAUAUAAUGUCCUUGUGCCAUGGCUAGGCACUGGUCUCUUAAUAAGCACUGGAGAGAAAUGGCGUCAUCGCAGAAAAAUGUUGACACCCACGUUCCAUUUCAAUAUUCUGCAUGACUUUGUGUAUGUAUUCAACCAGCAAACACGGGUAUUGCUAGACAAACUGAAGGUCAAAGCAAAGACUGGCCCAUUCAACAUGUUUCAGGAUAUAACAUUAUGUGCCUUGGAUAUCAUAGCAGAAACUGCAAUGGGUAAAACCAUUGAUGCCCAGCUCACAGAUUCAGAUUAUGUCUAUGCUGUCUAUAGAAUGAGUAGCUUGGCAGACAUGAGGAUGCGACAGCCUUGGUUUUGGUUUGAUUUUAUCUAUGAUCUCUUUGGAUAUGGUAAAGAAUUCAGAACUAAGCUUCAGACUUUACAUAACUUUACCAACUCUGUAAUUGCAGACAGGCUGAAACAUUUUGACACAAAGAAAGCUCUUCUGGUCAAGCAGGGUCUGAGUGGAGAGUCAGUUGGGGAUAACAAGAAACCAAGGUUGGCCUUUCUAGAUAUGCUGUUGUACAUGUCUGAAGACUUGACCAAGCUGAGCUUGGAGGACAUCAGGGAAGAGGUGGACACGUUCAUGUUUGAGGGUCACGAUACAACUGCUGCGGCCAUCAACUGGGCAACACAUUUGAUUGGCUCCCAUCCAGAAGUUCAAGUUCAAGUACAUGAAGAACUGGACCAAGUUUUUGGGAAAGAUGACAGGGAUGCAACAAUGGAGGAUUUAAAACAAUUAAAGUAUUUAGAAUGUUGUAUUAAGGAAGCUUUAAGACUUUUUCCUUCAGUUCCAAAUUAUGCAAGAUCUAUCAAAGAAGAGCUUCAUUUAGAGGGAGACUACACCAUUCCCAAAGACACAACAGUAAUCAUCCUUCCCAUAGGCCUUCACAGAGAUCCGAGAAUUUUUCCAGAGCCAGAAGCUUUCAAACCAGAGAGAUUUUUUUUGGAGAAUUCAGUCAAUAGACAUCCAUAUAGUUACAUUCCAUUCUCAGCAGGUCCAAGAAAUUGUAUUGGUCAGAAGUUUGCAAUGUUGGAAGAGAAAACUGUUCUGUCUCAUUUGUUUCGUAACUUUAACGUGAAAUCAAUUCAGAAGCGGUCAGAACUGAAACCUGUUGGUGAUCUCAUAUUACGACCAGAGAAUGGAAUAAUUGUUGAGCUGACACAAAGGGAAUGAUCAAACAUACAGUUAUUCUCAAAAGUCUAAUCCCAAUUGUUAACACAGGGAUGAAAAAUGACAAUAACUUAAUGACAAAUAACUAUUUCAUAAUGGACGUUCACACCUGUACCUUCACAUUGUUUACAUUACACUUGACGUUGUUUAAAAGACAGUGUAUUCCAAUCUUUAAUUGAUUUACUUAUGUUACAUAAUUAUUAGGUUCCUAUCUCAAUACAUUGUUAAAUAGAAAACCUUUACAAAGGAUCAUAGAAUACUUAGGUUGGGUCUUGAAUUAUUGGUACUGCUUAACAUUAUAUCAUGGAAUGAAAAUAUUUGAGUAUUUCUAAAACAGUUCUCUAAAUAAUAAUGUUAUGAGAAUUUUUUUUAGCAUUUUCUAUUUAAUGUAAGAAUGUAUGAUUGUUGAAAAACUGCUAAUUAUGGAAUAAAUUAAACUUAGAAUUCACAACUUAGAGAGCGCCUGGCUACUUAAAUCACAUUACACAAAUCUAGAAAUAGGUAUUGUGUGUCAUUAAGUUGUUUGAUUUCAAACUGUGAACUUCAUAUGUAUUCAAAAUAGUUUUUUUUUUUCUUUAAUUGAACAAAAAUAUUUUUGAACAAAUUUCCAAGGCCAAGUUACCUCAAUUCAUUUUGGAUAUUUUUUUUGUCUAUCUUUUGUUUUGGGGGACACGGUGGCUGAAUGGUAAAGCACUUGGCUUCAGAACCAGGGGUCCUGGGUUUGAAUCUCGGUGAAGACUGGGAUUUUGAAUUUUGGGAUUUUUAAGCCCCCAACCCCCUCUGAGUCCACCCAACUCUAAUGGGUACUUUCGAUGGGGAAAGUAAAGAUGGUUGGUUAUUGUGCUGGCCACAUGACAUCCUACUCAUUAACCGUUGGCCAGAAUCAGAUGACCUUAACAUCAUCUGCCCUAUAGAUCGCAAGGUCUGAAAGGGAACUUCACUUUUUUUUAUUUAGCUAUUUUUUCUUUUAAGAAAACAAUUUUUGUUCUUUAAUGUAAUGUAUUUUUUCUUUAACGGUUAUAAAUUGAGGAAAACUGAGUGUCUGACAAUUAAAAUAUUUGAUGUAUAGUUGUUAGUCCUACUCUUUUUUUCAUCAUUUAUAUAUAAAUAUAUAUAUUUCUUAUAAAAUUGCAUAAAACUUUUUAGAAAUAAAUGUAUGAGCUGUAUAAAAAAGGCAAAUGUCUUCAAGUCUAAAGAUUUCAGAAAACUACAGAAUUUUAUGUUGCUACCUAGUGUACCCUACUGUAAGCUGUAGCUUUCGCUAAAUCUGAUGCUUUCACAUUGGGUUAAUGUCUUUUUGUACUAUGGUAUCUUUUCUUAAAGUUUCAAAUGUUAUGUGCUUCAGUCAUUGUAAGAGAGCUUUAUCUAUUUACUAGUUUUACAUUGCAGCAGGGUAUCAGCUAAUUAGUUUCAUAUCAGCCAGAUCAAUGCCCAUUACGGUUGAGAUGUAAAUAAAAAAAAAGCAUUUCAUAGAGAGAAAACAAAAUGCAGACUAGUCAGUGCAUUCCAAUCCUAAAUUAGAUCAUUUGAAAAAUUAUUUCUCCUAGUUACAACGGAGUCUACCAAUUUCCAUGAAAAAAAUGGUAUCUUAAAUAAUAAAGCUCAUGCAUAACGCAGAAUGGCCACUAAUUAUUUUGUACAAAGCUUGAAUGGUUCACUUAAUCUUACAAUAAUGGAGGCAGCUUACAUUUGUUUAAAGUAAAUUAUUUUAUAACAUUAUAAUUAAUAAUAAUUUUAUAGGUUCACAUUACUUGUAUUUUAUUAGAGUACUUUGAUCUUUGUGUAUUUGUUUUGCACAUAAUCUAUAUAGGCCUAUUAUAAAUUGGAUUAUAUUAUUGAAUCAAAAACAACUAACAAGAACUACAAUGCUCAAUAACAACUGAUAUUUUCUUAUUUUAUUGACUAGUUGUUUAUAUGUUGUAAUUCACAACAAACGAUGAUCAUAAAUUGGGGCAAUACUCAUUCAUUAUCUAAAAUAAAAAUAUGUCAAUGCAAUACUUUA